AAUCAGUAAACAUUCGACUAGACAACCAGAAAAACACAUGUGGAUUUCGUUGCCUGAUUGUGUAGAUAGGCUCUAUUUAAUUUGUUGUGCGUUAAACUUUUGCAGAGUUUUGUAAAUUUGAAUAAGAAAGUAUAUUUUGGCAGACAAAUUUGUUCUCGCCCCUAAAACAGUGAUUUACCUAUCUUGGUGGUGAUAUGAUUGUGACUAUAACCUAACUCGUUUCACUUGGGAACCUUGUAACAAAUACUGUUUUGAUAAGUUUCUUUGAGGAACACUUCUUCGUCAUGGGUAAAGUGAAAAAAUCUGCAGCCAGUAAAGUUAUUGCAGAAAAAGAUUGUCAACCGGAAGAAAUUAAGUUUGAAGUACAGGGUGAUGAUAUUAUCAAGGAAGAAUCUACUGAAGAAGCACAGGUUACAAGAAAUAAACAUGCUCGCCUCAUAGUCAGAAAUCUCUCCUUCAAGGCAACAGAAGACAAAGUCAAAAAGUUUUUUAGUUCACACGGAGAGCUGACAGAUGUCAAAAUUCUUAAGCGCCCUGAUGGGCGACUAGUAGGAUGCUGUUUUGUCGAAUAUGCUUUAAAAACAAGUGCUGCAAAGGCCAUAGCCCAUCUUAGUGGAAAACCUUUUCUUAGUAGGCCUAUUGUUGUUGAUUGGGCUGUUCCAAAAGAUAAGUUUCUUCAAAGGACCAGUAAAAAUACUGCUGAAGAUUCUGAGGAAUCCGGUUUUCAUGAUGAUGAAGAUGAUAAGACAAAAAUAAAGAAAGAGGAAAGUGAAGAGGAUAUUGAUGAGAAAAUAGAGAAAGAUGAAUCAGAUGAUAGUGAUAGUAGUGUCGAUGAUAAUGUCAAUCAAGAUGAUGACGAUGACGACGACGACAGCGGCGAUGAUGACAUUGAAGCCGAGUCUGAAGAUGAAGAUCAUCAAAUAAAGCAAAGAAAGCCACUCCGUGAGUCCCAUGAUAUCAGUGAGGGUUGUACAGUAUUUGUGAAGAAUCUUCCUUUUAGUGUUGACAAUCAAGAGUUGAGGAAAUGCAUGCAAAAAUUUGGCCCAAUAUAUUAUGCUUUGGUGUGCAUUGACCCUUUGACAGAACACUCCAAGGGAACAGGAUUUGUUAAAUUCAAAUCAAGAGAAGUAGCUGAAGCCUGCCUCAAUGCAGGAAAAGAUGGAGAUAUUGUCAUAAGGAAUACUGUUCUUGAGACACAGCCUGCAAUGAGUAGACAAGAUCUUCAUCAGGGCUCUAAGAAUAAAAAAAUAGAAACAAAGAAGGAUGGACGUAAUCUUUAUUUAAUUAAAGAAGGCGUCAUUCUAGCUGGCAGUCCAGCAGCAGCUGGUGUCUCUCCAGCUGAUAUGGCUAAACGACUCCAAUUAGAACAAUGGAAGACACAAAUGUUAAGGAAUCUGAACAAGUUUGUCUCCAGAAAUCGGCUUGUCAUUCAAAAUUUACCAGCAUCUUAUGAUGACAACAAACUCAAAGCAUUGUGUCUGAAAAAUGGAGGAACAAACGCUGUUAUUACAGAGGCAAGAGUGAUGCGAGAUUUAAGAAAUGUAGAUGCUAGUGGUAAAGGAAAGUCUAAAGAGUUCGGUUUUGUUUGCUUUACAAAUCAUGAAAAUGCUUUACAUGCAUUACGAGCACUCAAUAACAAUCCAGAUGUUUUUACGUCAGCAAAGCGGCCAAUUGUAGCAUUUUCUAUUGAAGAUAAAAAAGUUUUAAAUAUUCGUCAGAGGAGAAUAGAAAAGAGCAGGGCUGGUCUACAACGUGGGCAGAAUUCUAAUGAGUCACAAAAAGAUUGGGAAAACAAAAGAAGAGAGGGAAAGCAAAAUAUUGGAUCAAUGACAUAUGGAAAAAAACAGGGAGCUGGUAAAAUAAAUAAUGUUGAUCAAACAGUGCCAAACAGGGGGCAAAAUAAAAAUGUAGACAACAGUAAAAAUGAGCCCUUGGUUGAAAAGAAGUUGACCAAAAAAGAAAGAAGACAAUUAAAAAGGAAGAAAUUAUUUGAGAAUCAGCAAUCUACAGCUGCAGCAGCAUUACCAGGAAACACCGAAAGUCAAAAAUUCAUGGGUGAAACAGCCAAGCAUGGUCAGUCAGGAAUUAUGUCACGCCAAAAAUUGCGCGAACAAGCAGAGUUACAAACCAAGUCGAUGAAAACCAAGAACAAAAAAGACCGCUCUAAGAAACAGUUAGCUGCAUUGAAAAUCAAACAACCAAAGGUAAGGACUUGUAGAAACUGGUGGGCAUCAAAACUGUUGUGUUCAAACAUUAUCAAGUUUUUGGUUUCUCUUCAGCAAAAAAUGGCCAAGCCCAAGGACCUAAGGAAGGAAGACAACUUUUCAAAGCUAGUGAAUAACUACAAAAAUAAGUUAGUAUCAUCAGAGGUGGAAAGAAAAAAGUGGUAUGCUGAGUGACAACAGUCGAGUGACAAUCAGUUUCAAAUAAUUAUCUUGUGAUUUCCUUUUAAGAAUAAACAAAAUAAGAGGUUCUAUUAUUCAAACAAAA